AAUUUCCAACCUCGCAGCAUCCAGCGCCCAGCGAAUCGUCAAACCACCACCUCCACACCCGAACUGCCUCAAGUCCGCAGCCCGAUCCGCCGCCCGCCAUGAGCAGGGCCCUGCUGCGCUCCGCGCUGGAGCUGCGCACGCCCAUCACACGCUUGCCGCCGCCCUUUCUGCUGCCCAUCCCCAUCCGCCCUCGAGCUAACGCCCUGACUGCCGCUCCCGCCGCCGCCCGCUUCUUCAACCAGACGACGCAGAUCGUCGACCCGCCCAUCCCGUCGUCUAUCCUCGCCGACGCCGGCCGGACGCCCACACAAUCCCCCACAGCACCAGCCCCAACAGCAGCACCGGUGGCGGGCAUCUCCAAAAUCUCCGCGGCGCUCUCCACGCAGAUACCACAGCCGCCACCGCCGGCACGCACCAGCACAGAGCCGCUCAGCGAGUCGGUGCGCACGCUGCUGCCGCUGCUGGCGGCACAGCCGGGGCACUACGCGACGGCGCACAUCCAUGGGCGGCCGUACCUGGUGACGGCGGGCGACCUGGUGCGGCUGCCGUUCAAGAUGCCGGGCGUGGCCCCGGGCGACAUGCUGCGGCUGACGCGCGCCACGGCCAUCGGCAGCCGCGACUUCACGCUCACGGGCGCGCCGUGGGUCGAUGAGCGCGUCUUCGAGUGCCGCGCCGUCGUGCUCGGCACCGAGUCGGAGCCCAUGCGCGUGCUCAUCAAGAAGAAGCGCCGCCAGCGCCGCGCCAAGCGCGUCGAGAGCAAGCACCGCUUUACCGUCCUGCGCAUCAGCGAGCUGAGGAUCUGCGACGAGCUUGUGGCUGCGUAGCUGUGAUAUGGGGGAAGGGGGACCGACGGUGCUGUCACGGGACGGUAUCUUGUUUGAACAAGAGGUUGGCUGGCUGUAAGAUGAUGAUUUGGAAGGGGGCUCUGCAGACACAGACGCACGAAGUACGUGCCUUGCAGUGCGUUAUACAUAAUGUACCAUACUUGUUCCGCUGCGUUUGCCAUGGUAAAUGCCACUGCGUGGUUCUGCUCGACAUGUCCGCCUCUCCCCUUUCGGUGACAGUCGUGGCCACCGAACCCAGAGACCGGUGUCAUCUGAUUGCGCGUUGUAAUAUCUCUCUGCCAUUGUGCGUGAUUAUUGGCAAGACCUCCAAAAUAAUUUGCAUUCGCUUGAGCAAAAGACCCAUUAAGGCCCUGCAGGGCGAUACCGAAUUGGCAGAACCGAGUCAGCUCUUUGGUGACCGCAGAACAACAACGCCGAGGUAAAUAUGGCACAGUGGAUGAAUGGACAGAUUCCAAGCAGAGAUAUCUUUACA